CUCCUCUCAGAUAUUCUUUGCCCGCGAUCACUCGUCCAAGGCUCGUACCAAAGCAACGGCUCUUCUCUUCUUCCUGUUCCCCACCUUAUAUAUAACAGUCUCUUCCGUCUUCCCUCCACCCCUACUGCCCUGGCCUCUCUCUCUCUCUCUCUCUGUUCGAUUUUUUUUCCCCUAGAGCACGGCUUCAAUGGCGACGAAGUUGUCGCUGUUCUUUUGGAGCCACGGAUUGAUUGACUUGAAUGGCAAGUACUCCAAUGUGCGAUUACCUGAAGUACCUUCUCGCCGCCUGCUACCUGCUUCCUGCAGGAUGCGUCAGCGUAAUUUCAGUUCUCAACAUAAGAGGCGACAGUUGAAGAAAUUCUCUGUUGAACAGCCUCCAGUGAAAGCAAACAUCCAGAUAAAUAGUGAAGAUACUGGAUCUGAAAAUGCUUCGACUGAUAAUAUCUCCAGUUUGAAUAAGGAUUUGAUAUCUGAUGAUGAUGCCGGUUCUAGUAUACCUGUGGAGGAUUCCAAUGAGGAUGAUUGGAAUGAUUUAGUGCUUCCUGAUGAGACAAAACCUCUGGCUGUGAAUGUGGAUGGUGGAGAGCAUCUUUCAAGUGUUCAACUUGGGGAUUUGAUAAGCAUGAUUAAAAAUGCAGAGAAAAAUAUCCUUCUUCUUAAUGAAGCUCGGGUUCGUGCACUUGAAGAUCUUGAAAAGAUUCUCACUGAGAAGGAGGCAUUACAAGGAGAAAUUAACAUCUUGGAGAUGAGAUUGGUAGAAACUGAUGCCCGGAUCAAAGUUGCUGCCCAGGAAAAGAUACAUGUGGAACUCCUAGAAGACCAAUUGGAGAAGCUGCAUAAUGAAGUGACUAACAGGGGCGGCACUGAUGGCAGUGAGCUUGACAUGUAUGGGAAGGAGAAUAUAAUUUUGAAUGAGGAGGUGGUAUCUCAAGAUAGUAGAGUUCAUUCUCUUAGCAAGGAGCUUAGUUUCUUAAGGACUGAAAAUAUGUCCCUAAAGGAUGCCAUACAAGAACUUAAGUUCGAGAUUAGUAAUGUCAAGAGAACUGAUGAACGUAUGGUGAAGCUGGAAAAAGAACGUUCACUCUUGGAGUCAACUCUGAAAGAAUUGGAAUCUAAACUUUCUGCAUCUCAAGACGAUGUUUCAAAACUUUCGACACUUAAAUUUGAAUACAAGAAUCUGUGGGAGAAAGUAGAAAAUCUGCAAGCACUGCUAGACAAGGCAACCAAACAGGCUGAUCAAGCCAUUUCAGUGUUGCAGCAAAACCAGGAGCUUCGAAAGAAGGUUGACAGGCUGGAAGAGUCUUUUGAAGAGGCUAAUGUCUACAAGCUGUCAUCAGAAAAAAUGCAACAAUACAAUGAACUAAUGCACCAGAAGUUAAAACUAUUGGAGGAGCGUCUUGAAAGAUCUGAUGAAGAGACACAAUCGUGUGUUCAUUUAUAUCAAGAAUCUGUGAAGGAAUUUCAAGUUACCCUUGAUAGUUUGAAAAAAGAAAGCAAGAGGAGGGCACUGUAUGAGCCUGUCGAUGAUAUGCCUUGGGAAUUUUGGAGCCGUUUAUUGCUUAUGAUUGAUGGUUGGUUGGUUGAGAAGAAAAUAUCAGCCAGUGAUGCAAAGCAGCUGAGAGAAAUGGUGUGGAAGCGAGAGGGGCGUAUUCGUGAUGCAUGCAUAGCAUGCAAGGAAAAGAAUGAGCAUGAAGCUAUUGUUACAUUUCUCAGGCUGACAUCAUCAUCAAUGCGUGCAGGAUUGCAUGUCAUUCAUAUUGCUGCAGAGAUGGCACCGGUUGCUAAGGUUGGUGGUUUGGGGGAUGUAGUGACUGGUCUUAGUAAAGCAUUGCAAAAGAAAGGACACCUUGUGGAAAUUGUUCUUCCCAAAUAUGAUUGCAUGCAAUAUGAUAGCAUAUGUGACUUGAAGGCUCUAGACGUGGUGAUAGAGUCAUAUUUUGAUGGCCGGAUGUUCAAAAAUAAAGUUUGGGUUGGCACUGUUGAAGGCCUUCCUGUUUAUUUCAUUGAGCCUCAUCAUCCCAAUAAGUUCUUCUGGAGGGGACAGUUUUAUGGGGAGCAUGAUGAUUUUAAGCGUUUUUCAUUUUUUAGCCGUGCAGCGCUUGAGUUGCUUCUUCAAGCUGGCAAGAAACCUGACAUAAUUCAUUGCCAUGAUUGGCAGACAGCUUUUGUUGCACCUCUUUAUUGGGAUCUAUAUGCACCGAAAGGAUUGAACUCGGCUAGAUUAUGUUUCACAUGCCACAAUUUUGAGUACCAAGGGACUGCUCCUGCUCCUGAAUUGGCAUCCUGUGGUCUUGAUGUCCCCCAGUUAAACAGACCAGAUAGGAUGCAGGACAACUUGGCAUAUGGCAGGGUCAAUUCUCUUAAGGGUGGAAUUGUGUUCUCAAACAUUGUGACAACAGUAUCACCCACUUAUUCACAGGAGGUGCGGACUGCUGAGGGAGGGCGCGGUCUCCAUAUAACACUUAACACUCACUCUAAGAAGUUCAUCGGAAUUCUGAAUGGAAUUGAUACUGAUGCAUGGAACCCUGCAACUGAUCCUUUCCUCGAAGUCCAGUAUACUGCUAAUGACCUCCGAGGGAAAGAAGAGAAUAAAGAAGCCAUAAGAAAAAAAUUGGGGCUUUCUUCUGAAGAUGUCAAACGGCCAUUGGUCGGUUGUAUAACUAGACUGGUGCCGCAAAAGGGAGUGCAUCUUAUUAGACAUGCAAUAUAUCGGACAUUGGAGUUGGGAGGACAAUUUGUACUACUUGGUUCAAGUCCAGUGCCCCAUAUUCUGAAAGAAUUCGAGGGUAUAGCAAGCCAUUUUCAGGGUCAUGAUCACAUCAGGUUGAUAUUGAAAUAUGACGAGUCUCUUUCCCAUUCUAUUUAUGCAGCAUCUGACAUGUUCAUCAUCCCAUCUAUCUUUGAACCUUGUGGCCUUACACAGAUGAUAGCAAUGAGAUAUGGUUCUAUACCUAUUGCAAGAAAAACUGGUGGUCUGAAUGACAGUGUUUUUGAUGUUGAUGACGAGACAAUACCUCCCCAGUUUCGGAACGGGUUUAUAUUUCUUACUCCUGAUGAACAGGGUAUGGGUACUGCUUUGGAACGAGCCUUCAGCCACUACAGAGAGGAUAAGACGAGUUGGGAGGAGCUUGUUCAGAAGGACAUGAAUAUAGAUUUCAGUUGGGAGUCUUCAGCGUCGCAGUAUGAAGAACUUUAUGAGAAGUCUGUGGCCAGAGCAAGGGCAUCAAAUCGCGCUUGAACUUCUUUGUGUUGGUUCCCCCAUCCUUCUGGCUUGAGCAGGCUUCUGUAUUAGCCUGUUGUGUUGGAACGUGGUAAGAUUGGUAUAUGAAUAUUAUUGAGGAUGCGAUUGUAUGGCUUGCAAGUACUGCUACAGUGAAAAUUCCGAGCUCAAAUUUAUGACUAGGCUUAAAGCUGCGUGGUGGGUUUGAGUUAUAGCUUCUCACCAUGAACAACAUUUGAUCACACAAUUCAUUCCUUUAUAGAAGCGGCCUCUGUUUCACAAUUGAUGCAUAUUACAUUCUUAGUUGUAUCAAUGUACUUUUAUACCUGUAGCUAGAGGUUAGGCUAAUUUGUUAGACCUAUUCCAUGCUUUCUGUACAAGAAGAAAAUAUCAUCAUUGUAGAAAUGGAUUAAUAAUUCGUCUAUAUUCUGGAAAAUUCUACGAAAUUAUCUAGAAAUUUUAAUGCCAUUAUUUUGGACCCUUCGUGGCUUGCUUUGUUCUGUUACAGGGAACUGUAUUUUUGUACAGCGAGUAGGAACUUGAAUAUUCUCAAAGCUUUCGUAUGAAUAAUUGCUCCUAGUAUGUCUCUAUUGCCAAUUUAUUCAUCUGUAACUGUAAAUUGCCUUGAAUGAGUUCUGUAGGAUGCACUGCUGAUGAGAUUUUCUUUUCUGGGCUUACCUUCAGUCAGAAAGAGUUAUUUAUUUCCUUGUAUUUCUAUGUAAUGAUUACAUUCUCUAGUGUUCAGACUUCUUGUCUCCUGGAAAUUUUGCUUUUGCACUGGAAGAAACAAACAUUCCUUUGCCCUUUGUCCAAGGGAAGGAAUUGUACUAGUUGUACCAGCGGUGUCUGUCGGAAAGUAACAAGAAAUCGCAAGGAAGUGUGACGACAGUAUAUAAAUUGCUCACUUGAUUCAAAGAAAAACCAAUUUUGGGAUUAACAUUAAAUCACAAAGUUCGUUCUCAUAGUUGACAACAAAUUUACAUGAUCACUGCAACAUGACGGAUGCAGAACGUCUCUUCUUAAGCUCACUUUCCGGGGACGAAGUUGGUGGCGUAAGCCCAGGCGUUGUUGUUAACUGGGUCGGCGAGGUGGUCAGCCAGGUUCUCCAACGGUCCCUUUCCGGUCACGAUGGCCUGAACAAAGAACCCAAACAUGGAAAACAUGGCUAGUCUUCCAUUCUUGAUCUCCUUCACCUUCAACUCUGCAAAUGCCUCUGGAUCAUCAGCGAGGCCCAAAGGAUCGAAGCUUCCACCUGGGUAGAGCGGGUCGACGACCUCUCCGAGUGGGCCUCCUGCAAUACGGUAGCCCUCAACAGCACCCAUCAAGAUAACUUGGCAAGCCCAAAUGGCCAAAAUGCUUUGGGCAUGGAUCAAGCUGGGGUUGCCCAGGUAGUCAAGCCCACCCUCACUGAAGAUUUGUGCACCAGCCUUGAACCAGACAGCCUCGCCAAACUUAACACCGUUACGGGCCAAAAGCUCGGGGAAGACGCAUCCAAGAGCGCCAAGCAUGGCCCAUCUGCAGUGAAUCACCUCGAGCUCGCGGUUCUUGGCGAAGGUUUCGGGGUCAGCCGAGAGCCCAGCAGUGUCCCAACCAUAGUCACCGGGGAAUUCACCGGUGAGGUAGGACGGGGGCUCACCAGAGAAUGGGCCCAAGUACUUGACGCGGUCUGGGCCGUACCAUGGGCUUCCUGAAGGAAUGGCCUUGCCGACGCUUUUUCUCAUGGUCACCCUUCCUACCCCGAGGAGUUCCGGGGCGGAUGGUGCCAGUUUCACUGCCUUUCCGGCCAGUGAUGGGGAAGAGAGGGCCAUUGUUGAGGCAGCCAUGGUUGAAUGAGAAAGAAGAAUGUGCUUUUGGUUAGCUUGGAAGCUUGAGAUGGAGUUGAGU